AUAUCCAAGUCAGUCCGGUCUUUUGAUAAAAGGCAAGACAUCUCCUCGGUCUUUCGUUUGUGAUCUUGUCAACCAGCCGACUUCACAUCUCCAACUUAGAAGUGACUUUCCAGCUUUCCAAGAUUUCUUGACAAUCCGAGUCCUCCCUCAAGUUCAUAUAUUCAACAACCCAGCGUCCACCAGACCACUACCUAGGAGCCAUAAUCCUGCCUUGGUACCUUUUGAGCCGCAACCUUUCGUCCUGUUUCAUUGAUAUAACUGGUUGCUCGCUGAGCUACAUACGAAGCACUACACCUAUCAGACGACUACCUGCACGAUGUCUUCAGUCAAUUCUGGGCCCGUUCUCGCCGCGGCUAUCGCUCCAAUCGUUGGCAAUAACGGCUUCCCCUUUGCCGCCGCAACCAAUGCCGAGGCCUCAGCUCUUCCUAGCGGCUUUCCGUCUGAACUGAGAUCCAAGUUGGCUUGGACUGGGGCUGACUUUGCCGAUGAAUCCAAGUACAUCUUGCAUUUGACUGACACUGACUUGACCGAAGUCAAGCAGGCUAUUGCUGAAUACAAGUCUCUUGACCAGGAUGGUUAUCUCGUCGAGCCGAAUACCUUCCAGCUGCCCACGCUCGGUUCGAAGCUCAGAGCACUCGGACAGGAUGUCCAUUUCGGCAAGGGUUUUGGCGUAAUUCGGGGCCUUGAUCGCGCAGCUUUCUCUGUUGAGGACCUGACAUUGGCCUACAUGGGCCUCCAGUCGUACAUCGCGGAGCAACGCGGUCGUCAAGACAAGCGUGGUAACAUGCUCGUGCACAUUGUUGCGGAUAACAGCACCAAGCAGGCUGCUGAACAUCAUCGCCACUCAAACAAGUCCAUAACUUUCCACAAUGAGGAGGCCGGCGAUAUCGUCAGCUGGUUGACGAGGAGCACAGCCGCAACUGGGGGCAAGUGUAUCAUUGCUUCUGCGUACACCAUCUACAAUGUCUUGGCUGCCACUCGACCCGAAUUGAUUCGGACUUUGGCGCGCAGCGAUUGGCCCUUCUCCAUGCCCCGCUUCCAGUGCCGUCCGGUGAUAUUUUACGAAGAUUCGAAGCUCAUCAUGAACUUUGGCCGAGCGGCUCUUCUCGGGAACCAGGCUCAUCCCCGUCCUCAGCAUCUGCCAUCCUUGACUGCCCGUCAAGUGGAGGCUUUGGAUGCCAUUGAGGCCAUUGCGAAGGCAUCUCAGAUGGAGAUUCAAACCCAGGCUGGCGACAUCCAUUUCAUCAACAAUCUGGCUGUUCUGCACCGUCGGGAGGGCUUCGUGAACGGAGAGGAUGCAUCUACCAAGCGCCAUCUGGUUCGUAUGCGCCUUCGAAGCACCGAGCAUGGGUGGCCAAUUCCCAAGGAACUUACUCAAGAGUGGGACGAGGCUUUCAAGAACAAGGGCAUCAAGCACUGGCACCUGGAGCCCAUGCCUGCAUACUACUUCCCCCUCCGCCGCCAGCCCAACUGAGUCACGGUGGUUUCGAAGAAAACGUAUAAGAUUACACGGGGUACCAGAUGGACGCAUUUCCUUUAUCAUUUCUACA